CCCAUUUAAGAGCUGACUACCAGUGAGGAAGGAUCGCUUCUGGAGAUCUCCUCCUCUGGAGUUUCACAGCAAGCCUAGGAUAUGGAGGACGCUUUGCUUUCAUAAUGCUAUUUAACAGUAUAAAUAACAGAGAGUGCUGCAGGGUAGUUCUGGUGAGGACAGCAGGACCCUUGAAAAUUGCUAUGAGACAUCUACUUGUAUCCUCUAAUCAUCAGACUGAAGGAUAAUUGAGCAGGAAGGAGGGAAAAGUUGUUCUUCAGCUGCUCAGGAUUUUAAUACAAGAAGAUGAAGACUGUAUUUUAUAUAUGUUUGCUUCUGGCUGGGCUUCAUGCUUUUGCUUAUGGUCAGCUUACAGCCAGCCACCACAAUGGACAUGAUCCAAACGAGCCUAACUAUCAUAUGCAUCACAGUGCUGAAGCAGCUGCUUGCCUCAAGCUAGUGCCAAACAAUGCUGACUUUGCAUUUAAAUUUCUAAAUGAAGUUGCGCUGGAAGAGCCUAAUAAGAACAUUUUCUUCUCUCCUGUAAGCAUCUCCACUGCCUUUGCAAUGCUGGCCCUGGGGGCUAGGUCAAUCACCAAGAUUCAGAUCCUGGAAGGACUUGCCUUUAACCUUACAGAAAUUCAGGAGAAAGAGAUACAUGAAGGCUUCCACAAUCUCAUGCACAUGCUGAGCCAUCCUGAGAGUGGGGUACAGCUCAACAUGGGGAAUGCAAUCUUUCUAACAGAGAAGCUGAAACCACUAGAAAAGUUUUUAGAUGAUGCCAAACCUUUGUAUCAACUAGAGGUUUUAGCUACUGACUUCAACAAUCCCACAGAGGCUGAGAAGGAGAUCAAUGAUUAUAUAGAGAAGAAAACACAAGGGAAGAUUACUAAUUUGGUUAAGGAAAUUGAUCCACAGACUAUAAUGCUCCUGGCUAGCUUUGUUUUCUUUAGAGGCAACUGUGAAAUUCAGUUGAACUCUGAAUAA